ACUUGGUCAAUGUUGAAUAUUGGCAAAAACAAACUAAAAAACGGGUAUGAGCAUUUGAAGGCAUUUGUAAACACAGAAAUCAAAGCUGAGAGAGCCCGGUUCAGUGAGUUGUUGGCCCAAGAACGAGGCGGUUGAGUAUCGGUGGAUGACUGAAUGACUGACUGACUGAGUGGAUUGCCUCCAGAUGACAUGAUGCCGGGUCUUUGGCAGUGGCUCCUCCUUGGCCUCCUCCUCCUCAUCCCGAGCCAAUCAUUGGCGGCCUCCAAGAGAGUGAAACUGUGCCUGCAGCCGAUGAUCAGUGGCCGGUGCUUCGGAUUUGUGGAGAGCUUCGCCUACAAUCCCAUUAAGCGCCAUUGCGAACCCUUCAUCUACGGCGGAUGUGGUGGUAAUGACAACCGAUUCAGCACAAAAGCCGAGUGCGAGUUAAACUGCCGCGACGUUUGAAAAUGUCACCCAAAAGUGUAGUUUCCUAACCCUAACCGACAAUCAUUUAAAACAAUAAAUAAUAAUAUUAUAUUGUU